CAACGCUGUCCAUUUUUAUUCACAGUCUAUGGUUCUCAUCGUUCACUUAAAAGAGCCGUUCAAAAGACCGACUCGUUCGCGAACGUCACAUCUCUGAACGGUUGCCACAGAGCAAACUGAGACAGAAAAAAAAUGGCGGACCUCAGGAGAAUCUGUCCUGAGUUUGAGCCCUGCCGUGUCAACUAUUCGAGAAAAACGUCAUGUCAGGGGAAGCUUUUCAUCCUUCUUUGCUUUCUAAUCGUGGAUUCCGGAGGAGCUACGACACAUUGGGUUGUCACAGAGGAUGGAAAGAUUCAACAACAAGUUGACUCUCCAUUGAAUCUGAAGCAUCCACAUGAUGUUGUGAUAUUCAUGAGACAAGAGACUCGUGUUAACUACCUCAAGACACUUGAGAAGCAGCUUGUGGCACAGAAGAUUCAUAUAGAGGAAAAUGAAGACAGAGACACAGGGCUGGAGCAAAGACACUACAAGGAGGAUGCGGAUUGUGUUAUGGCUAAGGUACCCCUGGGAGACCUCGACCUGUAUGAUGGGACUUAUAUUUCCUUGGAAAGCAAAGACAUCAGCCCUGAGGACUUUGUGGAUUCCCGCUCAACCCUGCCCCCAGAUUUAGAAAAGCCAGACUGUUCAAAAGUGUUUGAACUACCUUAUAGUAUCCAUGCUUUCCAGCAUCUAAGGGGCGUGCAGGAGAGAGCUAACUUGACCUCUCCACUGCUUUCUAAGGAGGAUCCCAUUUUUGGUUCAUUGUCACAUAAACUGGGCCGUAGUGUUGAUGAAGUGGGCCAUCGCAUCCAUCAAGGGUUACUGAGGAACUCAUCAUCCUGGGUGCUGUACAACAUGGCAUCAUUUUACUGGCGUAUGAAGAAUGAGCCUCAGAGGGCAGUGGACUGCGUGGUGCGUGCUCUGCAUUUCUCCCCAAGGCAGCAAAAGGAUGUAGCCCUGGUCAACAUGGCCAACAUCCUGCACCGUGCCCACUUCUCAGCCGAUGCUGCUAUUCUUGCCCACGCUGCCCUGGACCUUACCUCAGAUCUGUUUACCAGCCACUACACCUUAGGCAACAUUUACGCUGUAAGCCAAACAGAAACUAUUACCUCACCACACUGCACUGUUCACACUUUACACUUGUUUGCAUUUGGUCAGGGCUUUUGUGACUGA